AAAAUCUCUCGUGUCGUCAUACGCGCCGUCGUGAAGCCCGGGCACGUGCCCUAGGCGCAGGCGGAAAUGGAACAAAGAAACUGAUGUAGUCGGCGCUCGGCCGCGUCUGGUGGGGUUUUUGCUCUCCGAGUCCCCAGUCCAAAUCCACCAUCCUAAACCAGCCCCGUACCUCCACAGCCUCCCUGCGAAUCCACCGCCACCGUCCAUUCGGCCGCCAUCGCGCCUCGGAUCCGAUGGACACGGGCGCAGAUCAUCCACGCCACCGCCGGCUCAGGAAGGUCUCCGAUCUCCGCACCACCGCCGCCGCAUACCCACCCCCGAAACGGAUCCGUUCGGGCGAGGAGCACAACAGUUGCCGCGAGGACAAGAUCAGCAGCUUACCUAACGAGAUAUUAAUCUUGAUCAUUGACAAGCUAGAUGCACGGACAGCGACAGCCACCACUAUCCUUUCGAAGCAAUGGCGGGAUCUCUAUACACACUCGCACAUAGGUUAUGACCUUACGGUUGAUGACAUUCUCCCUCCACGGUACCACAGACUGAAGCAAAUUGUGGUGGAGGCUAAGGCAAGGUAUGAGGCAGAGAAGAAUGCACUGAAGUCGGACGGCAGUUAUGCUUCUAGAGACUGGUUAUAUUCCUUCAAAGACUGGAGGUGGAAAGUCUGUCAGCUAACACCCAUCCUGCAACGUUAUGAGCGUUGGGCCAUGCGACGCUAUGUUAAACGGGUGAAUGCAUUCCUUCUGGCCCCCGACAACGUUCAGCAACGUUCUAUCCAGAAGCUGAGGCUUCAAGCCUGUGGGAGGAGCGAUUUCACAGAUCAAUGGAUCACGGAAGCGAUUGGCAGAUGGGGCGUUGAAGAAUUGGAGCUUGUCAUUGACAACUCUUCCUGGCGCUAUGACUUCCGGCUGUUGGAUGGAUGCAAGAAUGUGCGACUGAAACGGCUUGUGCUAUCCAAUUGUUAUCAUCGUUUUGCACCCGCCCCCUUGACGUUUCAGAGCCUCACAUCACUUACUCUGUGCAAAGAAAGUUUACGCAUGCUACAUGUUCUUGAUAUUCUGGGAAACUGCGGGCAGCUGGUGGAUUUGAGGCUGAAAGAUUCUGGCUGUCGCCAACCUGCUUUUAAUAUCGUUAUUCCCAACUCACAGUUAAAGAGUCUGCAAUUGGACAACUACAACACUGUGAGUGUCCAUCUGGCUUUGGUGCCUUGUCUUGAAACAUUUGCUUGUCGUGGUCAGCCAACUAUAAUACGCUAUGGCGAUGUGCCUCGACUUAGGCAUGUGAGUCUGAACUUCUUGCAAACUGGAGAUAAUGGCAAGGAUGAUUCCUCUGGUAGCAACAGGACAUAUCAACUAAGCAAAUUCUUUACAGGGGCACCGCCAUCUCUAGAGUACCUUGUUCUGCAGUUAAGAGGGCGUCAGAUGUGGAUCGAACCAACCGCCAUUCCUGUCCGGCUCAAUCAUCUCAAUAAACUAUUCAUUGCAAACGUGCCAAUGAACUGGGAUACAAUCUGGAUUCUCUGCCUAGUUGGUGCCGCACCUGCCUUGGAGUCGCUCCAUGUUCAUUUUGACAACAACUCGGAGAAGGCGAGUGCCGCAGGAUCACUAGAUGUGCAGGUGGAACACCAUCCGUACCACCAUCACCUGAAAGAACUCGUGGUCAUUGGCUUCAACGGGGCGGUGUGGCAGACUGGCUUUGUGAAGCAGAUCAUCCAGGCAUCGCCGAUGCUGGAGCGCGCCCACCUGCUGGACGGGCACGUCGUGGAGGACGAAGAUCGGGAGCUCGUUGGCCUGGAGAUAGUCCGGCGCCGCCGGGAGUGGCACGAGUGUGAGAGAUCGGAGGUGCUCAGAGUCCUGGCAGACGGGAUCAGUUCGCCGCAUCUUGAAAUAGUUUUGGAAUGACUUUUGGUAAAAGUCUGCUGUGCCGGUAGCCCCCUUCCGUUUGUAGGGCUUGUAGCUGUAUGCCAGUGCCCAAUGAUUAUCUCAUGCUGGCUCUAAAGAUAGAAUAACAUGUGUUUGUAUGUGGUAUCUUGUUCCUUACUUUUGCUUGAUUAUCCAAAGGACGGAUGCAGCUAGCUGUUGAGAUGAUUGAUC